UUUUAUCCCACUUUUCAUUUCGCAAUCCCGUGCGCGUAUGUUCGCCUUCUUCUUCAGAGCAAGUUCGCGCUCACCCCGCUCUCUCCCCGCGACGAGAAGGUCUUCUUGAUCCCGGCUGAUCGUUCUCCUUUGAGAUGCUCCACAGCUCGAGCGCUCGCCUUCUCUCCACCCUCUUUUAACUAGAGACCGCUUAAUCUUGAGUGAACUGAACUUGGGUUUGGAAUCUAAAAGAAAGAGGAACACCCAAAGGGAUACGGUAACACGUCUCUGGAUAAGGACCUCUAUCGCUUUCCCCUUGUUGCACUUUGGGGAAGAUUUUUCCCCCCUUUCACUUGGUUUUUGUUAAUCCAGGUGGCCUUGUUCUGAAAGUGCAGGAGGAUUAUUCCACUCGAGCUGGUGUAGAGAGACAUCCCCCAGAAGGCUAUUUUCAUGUUCUCCAUCCAGGACGGUCUCCCGCGGGGAGCCUUGACCAUGAAAGAAGAGCCUCUCACGAGCGGCAUGACGCCGGUUCGCUCGUGGAUGCAAAGCGCGGGGAUACUAGAUGCCAACACAGCGGCGCAAAGUGGUGUGGGUCUGGCAAGAGCCCAUUAUGAGAAGCAGCCUCCCUCAAACCUGCGCAAGUCAAACUUCUUCCACUUCGUCCUGGCCCUUUAUGACCGACAGGGGCAGCCCGUUGAGAUAGAAAGAACCUCCUACGUGGAUUUUGUGGAAAAGGACAAAGAAUACAAUGGCGAGAAGACCAACAACGGCAUCCACUACAGGUUACAGCUUCUUUACAGCAACGGUAUCAGGACAGAACAGGAUCUGUAUGUUCGGUUAAUAGACUCCAUGACUAAACAGCCAAUCCUUUAUGAAGGCCAAGACAAAAAUCCUGAGAUGUGUCGUGUUCUUCUCACCCAUGAGAUCAUGUGCAGCCGGUGUUGUGAUAAGAAGAGCUGUGGGAACCGAAAUGAGACACCAUCCGAUCCUGUCAUCAUCGACAGAUUUUUCCUGAAAUUCUUCUUAAAGUGUAACCAGAACUGUUUGAAAAAUGCAGGGAACCCCAGAGACAUGAGGCGAUUUCAGGUGGUGGUGUCCACCACAGUGAAUGUAGACGGCCAUGUCUUGGCUGUUUCAGACAACAUGUUCGUCCACAACAACUCCAAACAUGGGCGGCGGGCGCGACGCUUGGACCCCUCUGAAGCAGCCACUCCAUGCAUUAAGGCCAUCAGCCCCAGUGAGGGAUGGACGACUGGUGGGGCCACCGUCAUCAUCAUUGGCGACAACUUCUUCGACGGAUUACAGGUGGUCUUUGGCACAAUGCUGGUUUGGAGUGAGCUCAUCACACCUCAUGCUAUCCGGGUGCAGACGCCCCCAAGACACAUCCCUGGGGUCGUUGAGGUCACACUCUCCUACAAGUCCAAGCAAUUCUGCAAAGGAGCUCCGGGACGCUUUGUCUACACAGCUUUAAAUGAGCCAACCAUAGACUACGGCUUCCAGAGGCUACAGAAGGUCAUCCCUCGUCACCCUGGAGACCCCGAAAGGUUACCUAAGGAGGUACUACUGAAGAGGGCUGCAGACCUGGUGGAGGCACUUUAUGGAAUGCCUCAUAACAAUCAGGAGAUAAUUUUGAAGCGUGCUGCAGACCUGACAGAGGCGCUGUACAGUGUGCCACGAAGCCAUAACCAGUUGCCCUCGCUGACGGGCUCCAGUGCCCACUCAGGCAUGAUGGGAGUUAACUCUUUCAGCAGCCAGCUCGCCGUCAACAUCUCUGAGGCCUCCCAGGCAGACCAAGGUUACUCUCGCAACUCAAACAGCGUGUCUCCUCGUGGGUACGUGCCAAGCUCCACACCCCAGCAGUCUAACUACAACACCAUCACCUCCACCAUGAAUGGAUACGGAGUAGCUGGCAUGACCAACCUGGGUGUCCCUGGAUCCCCCAGCUUCCUCAAUGGCUCCGCUGCCAACUCUCCUUACGCAAUCAAACAGAAGAGCGCCUUCGCGCCUGUCGUCCGGCCACAGACCUCCCCGCCCCCCACCUGCACCGGCACCAAUGGGAGCAGUCUACAGGCUAUGGCCGGUCUGAUUGUCCCUCCUAUGUGAAGAGGAACCUGAUCCUCCUCAAGGCAUCACUGAGCCCACAACAAACUCAUUGGCUCACUAAACCUGUCUGACACUCUCUUUUCAAACAUCACCAAUCGUACGAGGAGCUGCCCAAAAAGAACAUCAACACCUGGACAGCUAAAAAAAUAAAUAAAAAAAUCGAGUUUUCCUGGCCUGAAAAUGUCCUGUGUCCUGAAAUCUCAAUAGAUUGUGUUUGUUUUGCCCUCUACAACUUCAUCCUUGCAAACUUUGAGAAUGUUGCCCCUAGCUGCAGUGGCAUUUUAUGCAGGAACCCAAGAAGCUGUCAGGAAAAGGAUAUCAGAGAUUAUUACGAUGUGAACUUGGAGCCGAGGUUUUGAUAUGGAAAGGGGCUACCCAUUACGGGGUCCGUCCUUGACCGUAUAGGGCAUCUUUGCACGUCCCCUUUGUUUAUUUCAUAUGUCUUUUUUCAACAGUGAGAGGCCAUAAAUCACAGGAACAAUCUCACACACUCAGAUGGGACUGGGACUGUAAUGCCAAUAGAAAAUAACUCCUUCCUAUUUACGAAAUGUAAAGUCUUUGAUUUUUAACAUCAAUGUAAUUUUAUUUUAAAAAUUUUUUCUUUCUUUCUUUUAUCCAUCUGAGUAAAAUGGACAGCAGGUGACCUUAAUCAAAGUGGGAAUCAAAUGAACCGAUUAAUGCACAAAGACAAAAUGAUCCCAUAUGGAAAAACUCCUGCCAAGACAGUGAUAUUUAGUAAUCAUCAGAAUUAUGGAUCAGUCAUUUUUAAACAUACUGUUUUUGUAGUUCCAGUGUAGUUCCAGGUGUGUGUAUAGGUAGAUUUAAGCCAGGAAUGCUUUCUGCAGUUUUAAUCACAUUUAGGUACCAGACUUAUUGUUGAACUUCUUAUUGUGCUUUUUUGUAUGUAUUUAUAACAUUUGUUUCAGGAUUCCUUCUGUGAGUUAGGCCUGAAUAAUAGUAUCAAAUCUCAAUGUCAACACAUUUGAUGUCUUAAUACCUUUUAGAUAUUGUAAAAAGAGUGCAGAAUUAAAGGGAUGACACUUUUUUUGUAAAAACAAAAAUGACAAUAAAUAAAAUAAAAAUAAAAAUAAGGUCUGGACAUGACCAGGACACCUGUUUUUUAACAGCAGGGUGCAAAGCUCCAACCCUUUUGUAAAAAAAAAAUUUUUUUUUUUUUUCAAUUGUAUAUUUAAUGUUUUCUUUUUGCAAAAAGCAUUUGUGUUUGUUCUUCCUCUUGUCUUGUGUGUUUAUUGUGAAAUGUGUAUGAUCAUAGUUAUUUCCUAAUGCACUAUUUUUGUUCGGGUACUUACAAGAGCAAUGUAUCUUAGCAAGCAGAUGAAAAUAAUAAUAAUAAUAAUUAAAAAAAAAAGAAAAAAAAUACAUAUAUAUAUACACAUAUGCACUAGUAUGUUUUCAGAUUGAUUGCUCUUUGCUUUGGUCAUGAUAACUAAAAUGACUAAUCGCUCAUCAUGUGAUUUCGUUGAUGUUUCUAAAAUGUUUUCAUAUUAUUUCUCAGUCCUUGUGAGGUUCAUUUUACAUUAGAUAUUUGUUGUUUCGCCACAUAUCGUUGGCUGAUGAAAAGUUAACAUUUCUAUGCUGUCAAAUCUGAUGUGCUGAAAAGGUCACAACAUGAUAAAUGCAUUACAUUUUCCCAAAUGGAUCAUAUCAGAGAAGUUCAAACCUGCAGAGAAAUGCACAUGCAAUUAACUGACAUCAGUGUUGCUGGUGGAGUGUUAUUGUUGUUGCACAACAUCAUGCACAAUGUAUGCAAUCUGUACUUAAAUAAUGCAAGCAACUUGCUAUCCACAUUUCAGUGGAAUAGUAGUGAACUUAAACAAAAGAAGGGGAUUUAAUGAUGCCUUAAUAUAGAAUAUGCUCCAAUGAAAUGUAUAUCUCGAAUCACAAGUCAAAAUAAUAGGGACCAGAGUGAUGUGCUUUGGAUCCAAUCUUAAGCAUGCUUGUGAUGUGAUACAUUUAAAUACUUUUGAAACUGCAUUAUUUUAGGUCUCAGUUGGGAAAAUGUGGAAAAUCAUUGCAAAACAUGAUGUUGGUAAUCAUAACAGAUCGUUUCACUAUCAAAAAGUCAGUUACUUGGUUAUGUUUAACACACCUAAAUAUCACUUAAUGUGACCACUUUGAAACAGUGUGAUGUUAAUAUUCCAGUCAUGGGUUUUUUUCCUAUUUUCCUGAAGAGAGUGAGUGAAUGUGUGUGCCUAUACCCCAUAAGAUGAAAUGUGAAUGAAAUUGUGGUUUCUGAAAAGCUCUUUUUAUUUCACAUGUGACCUAAUUACUUUACAUUCAUCCUUGUGGGGUUUAGACUUAAAUGGCGUAAAGGAAAUACAAUUUGACAGUGCCCUAUUGUACUUAAACAGCUGAAUUCAAUCUCAAAGUUCACAUGAAAACAGACUUCUCAGAGAUCCAGCCUGGCUGGAAACAUGCACACACACAUAAACACACACUUCUAUCCAUUUCAUUCAAUUUCCUCAUAGCUUGUGAAAGUUUUUUUUUUUUUUUCAUAGACGUAGAGAGUUGGCUUCUGCUUUCUUUUUACAAAAACUGUUUUCUUUGGAAAUGUUGAACUCCAAGUGAAAUGGGGAAAGGUACUGCAUCUUAGUGAAAUAUGAAAUAUUAUAUCAAAAUAUAUAUAAGCACAAUGUUUAAUUAAUUAAUGUCUUUAGAAUUCAGAUAAGGAGAUGCAUUCUAAUUUCCUUUCUCUCCUCUGACCAUGCUGUAAAUAAAUGCAUGUUUUUUUUCUUUUCUUUUUUUCCUGUGAUCCCAUGCUUUUUGUACAGAAACAGAAAAAUAAAGAUUACACUUGGCUUG